AUGUACCCUCUCUACUACGAGAAGAAAAUCGUGAAAAAACUCAUACAGCACGACUCCCUGAUUCUCCUGGCAGAUGGAUUUAACGAGCUGAACAUCCUAGCCAUAUUCAUUUUUUACUACCAGAACAAGUGCCUGUGGUAUGAGAAAUGCGCAGAGGAGCAAAACGUCUUCUUUGAGUUGUAUGAACCCCCUGGGGGAGGCACCACGAGGGAGGACCCCCCCAUGGAGGAGCACAAAAUGGAAGUAGCAAACAUAGCGAAUGAGAAAAAUGAAAACAUCAUACCAACUGAGACGAUCCCACCCGGGAAUCAAAACAAACUGAUAUUCAUCCUGAACGUGUCUCCAAAGGAGUAUAACCUCUUUUUGAAGUACCAACUAGGUCUGUACGAUGAGAUGAGCAAAUUGGACCGCCAAUUUAACGAUAGAGUAAAAAUAAACUACCUUAAGACAGAGUAUAUAAGGAACCAAAAAUCAAACGAAAGAAUCGAGUUGUAUAUAAAGAGAGGAGUCUACUUCAUCUCAUCCAAUAUACUCCUAAUCGACAUGUUAACAUUUAAAAUUAUCCCAGAAAUAAUUGAUGGUAUCUUCCUGUGCAAAAAUCACAAACUGGUCUAUAACAUGAAGGAAGUAUUCAUCACGGAGUUGUACAGAAAGAGAAACAAAUAUGGCUUCAUAAAAGGAAUUAGUAACAACAAAAGGUUAGUAAAUAGUCAGCAUAUAGUAAAUUUAAGUCAAAAAUUGAGCAUUAAAAAGGUCUACUGCUAUCCGAGAUUUCACAAAAAUGUACAUAUCUCACUAAAUAACAACUUUUUACAACCAACCAUUUACGAAAUAAACAUGGAACUCCCAUCCGAUAUCAACACCAUGGAAGAAAACCUACUCAACUUAAUACACUACCUAAAUUUAGAAAUUAAAAAAUAUCAUACCUUUACUGAUUUUGAUAUAAAUGCACUCAUAUAUUCUGACAGUGCUGAAAAUUACACAAUGAACUACAUCAAGAGCAAAAACCUAACCUACAAUACAAAAAAAUUGUUAAAAGAAAUUAUUGUCCUUACUCAAGUACUUAACAAUUUGUACGUCUAUGACCACGUCGUUUUUGAUAACUACCUUAACAAUAUCAAGGAGGCAGAUAAAGAAUCCAUAUGGCUCUACUGUAAUGAGGCUAAUGAUAUUUUCUUUUUAUCUAGAGAGAGGAAGAUCAACUUUUUAAAAGCUCUUAACAUGAACCUAGAGUUGGAUAUCACCAAGCAGGACAACGUUCCCCUUGUCCUCCACAAACUGCAGCACGAAGGAAAAUAUUUCCACAAGGCCUAUGAAGUCAAGCGGACGCAGAGUGAACUCUACAGCUGGAUACACGAGUUGGUUUACCGACGUGACAUACACAUCAAGGAGUUUAAAAAGAUGACCCAAAAGGGGCAGCGUAACAUCGCCAGUGCAGAGAAUAUCCUACCUUCUACACGCAAAAGGGGAGCGGAGCGAUCAACGCAGGGAGACCUCCCCAACACGGCCCUCCUCCUCAAGAGGCCCAAAGGGGGCGACCCCCACGAGGACUCCAAGAAGGUGAGCGCAUCCAACGCAGCAGCUUUGCAAAAAGAACAAAGCGAAAUGGAGCUAGGUAAAAGGGACCUCCAAAUGGUUACCUCCCAAAAGGGGAGCCGCGCCCAAGUCAAGGUGAAAAUUGAGCAGCGCACCCCGGAGAAACACGACCCCGGCGUUCACACUGAGGAGCCGCGCAACGCAAAUGGCAAAGUGAGCGCCCCUGAUGGGGGGACCCAAACGGAUGCCUCGAAAGGUGCUUCGAAGGGUUCUUCACAGGACGCUUUACAGGACGCUUCACAAGACGAAUCGCAAAACAGCGCAAGCGCUGGACUACGAGAGCCCAAAAUAAAGCGAGAAAAGAGAAGGUCCGACACGGGGGAAGAAAAUCCAAAAAUAAAUGACCAAUCGAAUAACGACUCACGUAACAAUGAAGCGAGAAGCGUGGCUGAAAAAACAGAACACGUUGAGGUAGACAAAGUAGACUACCCCAUCGCAAUAAUAGUUGACAAUUUCUAUACCCAAAAAGAAAUUUACAAUCUACUACUGCACAAAAAUGAUAACACCGCAGAUGAUAUGAACCUUUUCCGUCAGUCGGAAGAACAAAUACGUGAGCUUUACAUUUCGGACAACUCGUAUAACUCCAGUUCUAGCAGCUCGGAGGAUUACUUUCAAAAAAAAAAAAACGCCAUGCACUCAAAUAAUGUCGAUUACUACAUCCCCUACAAGCUGAUUAAGAACAAAACGACAUCCCUAAAAUUUAUAAAGCCGCAUGUCUAUAUACUGUGUAUAAAUAAGAACUACGAUAUGGUGUAUACACCGGACAGCUUCAUCGAGGACUGCUCUAUCAAAAUUGACACGAUUAAUGAGAACACGUGGAAGGGAGGCAGUCCAUUCACGCAGGAAGGAGAAUCACCCUGCAAAGGUAGAGACAACACCACGAAGGUUGCUUCAUCAGAGGAGGACACCACUCGAUUGAAGAAAAAUUACGCAUCUUCUAAACGCAGCUAUGAUGAUCUUUUCCAAAUAAAUGAGUACUGUGGAAACCUCGACUUUUUGGAGUUAUUUUUGAUGAAGGUCAAACCGUGCAGAAUUAUUUUGACCAAACUGGACUUAAGUAUUUUUCGUAACGUAGAAAUUUACUGCGCGAGGUUGUUCCAGCACAAUGUAUAUAAACUGUGUGGGCAGAGUUGUUUCCCCGAGGUGAUGAAGUACGAGGAGAAUAGCUGGAUGUAUGACAACAUCGGCGAGGCCCAACCCUUUUUGAAGAGGGAGCAGGGGGGCAGCCCCCAGGGCGCGCGCGCCAAGCGAUGUUCCCGCGAGGCUGCAAGUAAAGAGGCCAAACAAGGGGCAAACAAAGGAAGCAGCAAAGGAAGCAGCAAAGAAGGCCACAAAGGAACCAGCAAAGGAACCAGCAAAGGAACCAACAAAGAUGCCAACAAAGGAACCAGCAAAGAAGGCAACAAACCUGCCAACAAAGGAACCAACAAACCCGCAUCGACGAUCCACUUCGCGGACCGCGCGGCGAGAACCUUCAGCACGCUGGAGACCCUGAGCACCCUGUGCAACGCUGUGGAGGUGUUCCUCGUCUUCUACAAAAACAACAUCCUAUACAAUAAAUACCUGAACGAUGUAAAGGUGGAAAAAACAAACUGGCUGAAAUUUAUCGAAAAUAAAAAUAAUUUCAAAUUUCAAGUGGACAGAAAUGUCUUCAACAAAAAUAAGGAUCUCUUUAAAAAAGUUGUAGACUCCUAUUUCAUGUUCCAAAAAAGAUUUCAACAAAAAAAAAAAAAUCUCUUCAAUUUUAACAAAGCCCUGUGUGAAGAGUUUAAAAAUUUCCAAGAAGUAAAGCUCGACGACCAAGUAGAAAAUAAAGCCGCCUUCUUAAGUAACCUCAACACAAACUAUAUUAGCAUGGAGGAGGAAGAAAUUUUUAUGCACAACUAUAGAAAUAAAACAAGUAAAAAAAACGACAUGGCACUCUCCAACCUGGAUGAAAAAACCAUUUCACAGAUUCGACAGGUAUUGGAAAAAUUUUCUAUCGAUUCCUUUAAUUUGAAUUUUAUCCUCUACAGCAUUUUUAACAACACCAAGCCAAUCGUCAUAGUAGACAUUAGGGAAUUAAAAUCUGACCUCUCCUACAAACUGUAUACGAGCAAAAUGCAUAUCAUCCCAUAUUCCCUCCUCGUUGGGGAUUAUAUCCUCACCAAGGAUAUCUGCGUCGAAAGGAAAACUAUCGUGGAUCUCAUUCAGUCAUUAAACAAUAACAGACUGUACAACCAAAUUAAUCAAAUGUCCAAAUAUUACUCCAUCUAUGUGUUACUAAUCGAAUUCAACACAAAGCAUUUAUUUUACUUCUCCUCCCUUAGCGAUAAAAAUUCCAUCUACACGAAAUUAAUCAUUCUUUGUCUCCAAUUUAGUAGACUUAAAAUUUUGUGGAGUCCCUUUUCUCUUUUUACCGUUAAGCUUUUCUGGUCGCUUAAAAUUAAUGCCGAGCAGCCCGACAUCUUCAAGUCGCUCCACAUUGAUUUGACUCUGGAGAGGGACGCCCACCAGCAGCUCGGGAGGGACUCCAGGCGGGGCAAAGCGCAGCCGCUACCCACAACGCAGCUGAUACCCACAACGACGCCGCUACCCACAGCGCAGCCGCUACCCACAACGCAGCCGCCACCAACAGCGCAGCCGCUACCAACAGCGCAGCCGCUACCCACAACGCAGCCACUACCAACAGCGCAGCCGCCACCAACAGCGCAGCCGCUACCCAUGUCGAAUUCCCCCCAUGGAGAGGCGAGCGAACCACUCCUAGAUCCCCCCACCCAAGCGGAACAACCCAGCCAAAACGCCCUCGAGCGGCUAGACAGCUCCGCGGACAAAAAUUCGGACAACGAAAAUGAAUAUCAAUCAGACCCCUACAAGUAUGAAACAAUAAAUGACCUCUUCGACAAAAAUUUAACUCCCCUGCCAAAAGAGGAAGGGAACAGUUACGCCCUAAAAAGAAUGGAUAGCGUCACCAAUUGGAACGCCCUGGAAAUAUUGAAAGCCCUCCCAGGUGUAACAGAAAAAAACAUGCACCUGAUCAUCAACAACGUCAACUCAUUGCGAGACUUAUGCGAAAAAACGGUCGAGCAGUUGGAAGCCUACAUGAGCAAGAGCAACGCCAAGAUGCUCCACGAAUUUUUGAACACGGACGCGACGUGA